AUGGCGGCGUGUUCGGUAUACCAAGCAAUGCUUCGGCGCCGCGUCCACUAUGCCCUGCGGCAGUUUCGCCAGCGCCGAGCGCAGUCGACCAAAGACACACCGCCGGCGGCCAGGACAGCUCGAGCCGAAGACCAGAUCCCCACGCCCAACAAUGUCCCAACGCUCCCUUUCUGGCAGAGGCUGGGCCCGCUGACGAGGGCAGCCCAAGCCUUUGGGCGCGCACAGCGGAAGAGGCCCCUCACCACCCAGCUGUGCAGCUCGCUGGUCAUCUACUUUUGCUCCGACAUCUCGGCGCAGACGAUGGGCGGGAGAGAUUACGACCCGGUGCGGACGGCGAGAUCCUUGGUGAUCGGCGCGAUAUCGUCGGCUCCCAGCUACAAGUGGUUCGUGUGGCUGUCGACGAGCUUCAACUACCCGUCGCGCAUCCUGUCGCUGGGGACCAAAGUCGUCGUCAACCAGCUGUGCUUCACGCCCAUCUUCAACAGCUACUUCUUCGGCAUGCAGGCGCUGCUCGCCGGCGAUAAUCUGGGCGAGGUCUGGGACCGCAUCCGGCGGACGGUGCCCACCAGCUGGGUCAACAGCUGGAAGAUCUGGCCCGCAGUUACCGCCUUCAGCUUCACCUUCGUUCCGCUCGAGUACCGGUCCAUUUUCGCCGGGGUUAUUGCUGUUGGAUGGCAGACGUAUCUGAGCUUCCUCAAUCGCAUGGCUGAAGACGAAGCAGCACGAUCAGCAAAGCCAGCGCCAGAUGCGCCGAAACAUCUGUUGCUCACGAUGGCAGCUGCCUUUCUGCGCGCUCGGAACGUUCUUUCGUCGGCUGUCCACCGACGCCCCGCCUCGACCUCGACCUCGACCUCGACCUCGACCUCGACCUCGACCUCGACCUCGACCUCGUCCUCGUCCUCGUCCUCGUCCUCUACCUCCGAGUCUGUCCUUCUCGCCCGCAUCAGGGCGCUUCUCUACAGUAGCGUGGGAGCUGUCUCUCUCUACGUCAUUUACUACUAUGUCACCGACACCCGCGCCUCGGUCCACCGCUGGAUCGUCCCGCCGCUCCUCCGCCUGGUCUACCCCGACGCCGAAGACGCCCACCAUGCCGGAACGAAGGCCCUCAAGACCCUCUAUACCCUCAAUCUCCAUCCUCGGGAGCGCCCAUCGCGGGCCGCCGCCGAAACCCCCGGCAAUCCGCUGUCGGUCAAUGUGUUUGGGACCGAGCUUGCCAACCCCAUAGGUAUCUCAGCCGGCCUCGACAAGGACGCCGAAGUUCCGGAUGCCCUCUUUGCUCUCGGCGCCUCUGUGGUAGAAGUAGGCGGCUGCACGCCGCUCCCGCAGGCUGGCAACCCUCGGCCUCGAGUGUUCCGGGUUCCCAGCAUCGACGGCAUGAUCAACCGGUACGGGCUGAACUCGCGCGGGGCGGAUGCCAUGGGCGCGCGGCUGCGGGACCGACUGCGCAGGUUCGUGCGGAGCCUCGGUCUGACGGAGCGGGACCUGCUCGACGGGGAGCAACAGGGCGAGGGCGCGGUCGGGGUGCCGCCGGGCAGCUUGCAGCCCGGGCGGCUGCUGCUGGUGCAGAUCGCCAAGAACAAGGCGACAAACGAGAAGGACGUCGACGUCGUCAUCCGCGACUACGUCUACUGCGUCAGCAGGCUGGCGCCGUACGCCGACGUGGUCGUCGUCAACGUCAGCAGCCCCAACACGCCAGGGCUGCGGGACCUGCAGGCCACGGAGCCGCUGACCAAGAUCCUCGCCGCCGUGGUCGGCGAGGCGAAGAAGACAGACAGGUGGCAGAAGCCAAGGGUCAUGGUCAAGGUCUCGCCCGACGAGGACGACGAGAGUCAGGUCCGGGGAGUUGUGGAGGCCGUGUGGACAAGUGGCGUCGACGGCGUCAUUGUGGGAAACACCACGAAGCGUCGAGCGGGGCUAGUCCCGCAGGGCGUCCAAAUCAGCGCCAAGGAGCAGAGGGCGCUGUUGGAGGACGGCGGGUUCUCGGGGCCGGCCAUGUUUGAUCAGACGCUGCGGCUGGUUGGGAGGUAUCGCAAGGCGCUAGAUGGCUACUCGCUGCAGUCGGCCAGUGCGGACGGGGGCGACCCCAAGGUCAUCUUUGCGACAGGCGGAAUCACCGACGGCGACCAGGCACUGCGCGUCCUCAACGCCGGUGCCAGCGUGGCCAUGGUCUACACGGGCCUGACGUACGGCGGCCCCGGCACCAUCACCAGGAUAAAGCGGGAGAUGAGGCAGAAGCUAGCUAUCCAGGAUACCUGA